GGAGUGUAGUUGAGUAGAAAGCAAGCAAAAGAAAAAUUUCAACUUUGGUCCUUCUUUUGGGAUGUCAAGGCAAGCAUCUAUGCCUUGUUAGUUUUGGCAAUUGUGUAGAUACUACACCUACACCAUGAACUUUGCCCCAACACACCCUGACACAGACAAAAUUGUAAACAAGAAGAAAGCGUACACGUAACCACGAGUGGCAAAGUCAUAGACUUUAUAAUAUUGUAGGAAUUAAGAAGAAAUUAUGCACAAGAUACUAAAAAUUCUUUGUUUCUUUGUUGCUUAUAUUAUGACUUAAAAGGGUGUGUCAUUCUCCAUGAAUUUGUUGCAACCGUUGAACUUGAGAAAAUCAUCUCUCCAAGUGAGUUCCAAACCAACAGAAUUCUCUAUAGAUCACAAGUAAUAUACGAGGAGGAUCAUGAAAAUACCAGCUGAUCGUCACUCUAUGCUAUACGUUUUAAGUUUUGUUUUGUAUCUCGGAGCUUUCUUCAUAAUAUAUACUGAUGCUAGAAAAUUAAAUGGAAUGUCAGAAAGUUCACAAGAAAUUACAGAAUCAUCUGAAAUCAAUGGCUUGAAACGGUUCGACGUAUAUUUACCUUCAUCAGAUUUGUCCAAUUCAGGACCCUAUAGUGUCAGUUCCCCUUUCAAUUUACCACCUUAUGAUUCUCUUCCUCCAGUACCGAAUACACCUACUCCUUUUUGUGUUAAUCCACCUCCAGCCAAUGGCAAUUCUGGUAGUAGAGGCCCAAUUGUAAAUCCACCCCCAAGCCCAUCAUCAUCCACUAUCAUUCCUAGCCCACCCCAAUCAUCUCUUCCUCCCAUAAUCAAUCCCAAUACACCAAUUAUUAGCCCACCACGAUAUUUUGUACCUAAUCCUCCCACAUAUGUUCCUAGCCCAACACAACCCAUUUUUAGUCCGCCUUAUUAUUAUGAGCCAAGUCCACCUAGUUAUAUCCCAAUUAACCCACCCACUGGGCUUUUCUUACCACCAGUGGUAUAUCCACCACCAACAGUGCCUCCGCCUCUGCACAUUGUCCCUGCUAUGGCUCUGUGGUGUGUGGCAAAGCCAUCAGUACCUGACCCUAUUAUCCAAGAAUCCAUGAACUAUGCAUGUGCAUCUGGAGCAGAUUGUGAUCAAAUUCAACCUAAUGGAUCAUGUUAUCAGCCUGAUACUUUAUUUGCGCAUGCCUCUUAUGCCUUUAAUAGCUAUUGGCAGAGAACUAAAGUGGCUGGUGGCACUUGUGACUUCGGAGGGACAGCCAUACUUGUCACUGUAGAUCCUAGUUUCGAUGGAUGCCAAUUCAUCUACUACUGAUCACUAAAUGAAACAGAAAGGAAACGACUACACAAGGCGAUAUUAGGUUAUUUAUUCAUUUUUCUUGCAUACUGUUUAGAGAAUUUCAAGUCAAAUAAGACUGGUUUUGUAAUUUUGAAAAUGAUUUUCAGGUGGAUGUAGUGUUUGGACUACUCCAAUUCCUUCCGUCUUGGAACAUGUCCUUUCCUGAAUUUCAAAUGUAAAUGAAAAAACAUCAUUUGGAUUCUACUUUA